CGCGUUUUAUUUUUCUCUUCUAUUUAUUUCGGUGGGGCCCCCCCUACGAAACUCAGUUCCUCCUUUCUUUAUAUAUUGCUGCGGUUGCCUCCUUUUUCCCCCUCUUCAAACCAUUACCCAGUUUCUGUUUCCACAUUAUAAUUCUUCCGAUAUUAAAAAAGAGAGGAGAUUUUUUAGAAAUGGGAGAGAAAGAUGGAGAGAAGAAGGCAGCGGCGCCGGAGAAGAAGGCGGCGGACGGCGGAGGAAAGAAGGAGGCCGGGGCGAUCGCGGUCGUGUUGAAGCUUGACUUGCAUUGCGAAGGUUGCGCGAAAAAGGUCAAACGGGCUGUUAGCCAUUUCGAAGGUGUUGAGAAAGUGAAGGCCGACUGUGACGCUAACAAGUUGACCGUCACCGGCAAUGUGGACCCGGCGGCGCUGCGUGAGAGGGUUGAGUACAAGACCAAGAAGAAGGUGGAGCUCAUUUCUCCUCAGCCCAAAAAGGAGGCCGCCGCCGGCGGAGGAGAUAAGAAGCCCGACGAGAAACCUGCAGAGAAGAAGGCAGAGGAGAAAAAGGGCGACGACAAGAAACCCAAAGAGCCAGCGGUUAGUACAGUGGUGAUGAAAAUCAGGCUGCACUGCGAGGGAUGCGCACAUAAGAUCAAGCGGGUCAUAACAAAGCACAUUGAUGGGGUGAACUCGGUAAAAACUGACCUAGCAAAGGACUUGGUCACGGUAACGGGGACAAUGAAUGUGAAGGAACUCACCGCAUACUUGAAAGAGAAGCUGAGGAGAAGUAUCGAAAUCGUUCCUCCUCCAAAGAAAGACGACGGCGGCGACAAGAAAGAAAAAGAAGGUGGCGGCGGAGGAGGAGGAGACAAGAAAGAGAAAGGAGGCGGUGGAGGAGACAAGAAAGACGGCGGAGGAGACAAGAAGGAGGAGAAGAAAGAGGGCGGCGGCGGCGACAACCCGAAGGUAGAAGUUAACAAGUUGGAGUACCAUGGUUUGAAUCUACAAACGCACUACGCCAACGCCAUGCCUAUGUACAACCAAAAUUAUUACAAUCAAGACUAUGGCAUCGCAGUUAACCAUUAUCAAGAUUACCCACCUAACCAUGGUUACGGUAACACGAGCUACGUCGUACAAUACGCUCAGGGACCUCCGCCGCCGCCCCCGACCUACAUGAACAUGAAUAUGAACAUGAACAUGAACGAUCAAAUGUUUAGCGACGAAAAUCCAAACGGAUGCUCGGUCAUGUGAACGUCAAGAUGCCGUCGCUAAGGGAAAAGGGUUGGGAUUUUAAAAUGUAUAUAAAAGGGUUAGAAAAUUUUAAAGAAAAUACGUGGAAAUACAUGACAACGUAUAUAUAUAUGAGAGAAAAUUAGGAAAAGAAAUUUAUAUAUAUAUAUUGUUACGGGUGUAGUAGAUGAAUGCAGACCCGGGCGGUGGGCCGGUGUUUGUGAGGUUGAUUUAUUGUUUGACUUGUAUGUUGCUAUCGAUCAGUUGUUAGUUAAUAAAAUAAACUGAAAUUUUGCUUA